UCAGCACUGUGUGUUUGGAACCUGCUGGGAUGGGAGGGCACAACGGCUCUCAGACUCCACACACACUUCCUGCUCUCGCUCAGCUCCAUCAUCAGGGAAGGCAGUCCUCGGGAGAGCAGAGGAGGGAUGGCGGAGAAGAGCCCUGACCCGAGCGGCUCGAGCGCCCGCAAGUGUCCCGCUCUUUCUCCCGGAGAGAGACUGCAGCCGUCUGCAAGCGGCUCGUCCAAAUGGGUUCGUCUGAACGUCGGCGGCACGUACUUUCUCACGACGACACAAACGCUGUGCAGAGACCCGAAGUCUUUCCUGUACCGUCUGUGCCAGGCCGACCCCGACCUCGACUCCGACAAGGAUGAAACAGGUGCUUAUUUGAUAGACCGCGACCCCACUUAUUUUGGUCCGGUGCUCAACUAUCUGAGACACGGGAAGCUGGUGUUGAACCGAGGCCUAGCAGAGGAAGGCGUGCUGGAAGAGGCCGAAUUCUACAAUAUCACUUCACUGAUUAAACUGGUCAAAGACAAAAUCAGGGAGAGGGAUUGUAAGACGGCUCAGCUCCCUGUGAAGCACGUCUACAGAGUCCUGCAGUGUCAGGAGGAGGAACUGACACAGAUGGUCUCCACCAUGUCAGAUGGCUGGAAGUUUGAACAGUUGGUCAGUAUCGGCUCUUCAUACAACUACGGAAAUGAGGAUCAAGCAGAGUUCCUUUGCGUGGUCUCCAAGGAGCUGCACAAUCAGUCAUACGGCACAAACAGCGAGCCCAGUGAAAAGGCCAAGAUUCUUCAAGAACAAGGCUCUCGAAUGUGAAACGGCUGUUUUAACGCUCUGGUCCUGCAGUUGCCAGGCAGAACGACACGCACCAUAUCACACAGAGAGAGAAUUGUCAAGCGGAAUGACAACCUAUUUGGAAUGGAUGUUCUGUUUUUUUUAGAUUCAUCGACACUUGUUUGUGCCUGCACAGUUAAACCAGACUGUUGUUUCUUGACAUCGACAGAUCUUUCCGAAUUGUUUGGUUUGAAAGGUAGGAAUAUGCAUGUCAUUAGUAAGCUGAGCAAAAAGGGCCUCGAUCACGCCUGGUCCAAUCAUGUUUACUCAGGGUCUCUUACUGUUUAUCAUGUCAUUUGAGAAAAAGAAAAAAAAAUCUUAAAACUGUAUAUUAUGCCAGAAAGUUAAACCUCGUUGUUUAAAAUUAUCAUUAAGAGAGUGGAGUUUUUUAAAAAAAAAAAGUAAAAAAGUAUUUUUUUGAUUGAGAUUACAUUAUUAAGGUGGAUUGUGUGUAACACUGACAGGUGAGGGACAGUGGAUUUUUACAGCAAGGGUUUUGUUUCAGCGUGUUUGUAAGAACAGAUGGGAUUAUGAAUUUUUUUUGACUCGUAUAGUGUUAGUUUUUAUACCAGAAGGGUGAAAGCCCAUCCGUAACAGUUUGCCUCAAAGUUACCUCACGUUUUGGGAGGUUUUACUGCUGCUGCCUUGAGUUGGUUAAAAACAGAACAGAACAGAAAAAGUUUGUCUUCCUCCCAACAUUCAUUCUACUUGGACUUCGGAUAAACUGGAACUAUUUUUUAACGUUUUUGAGGGUGAAAAACGCCUAACGCUGUUGACUUUGUGACAGAGCUAGAUUUGGUUUAAUUGGAGAAUUACGGCGAAGCCACGAAGGCAUUCGGUCUGAUUCGUUUUGGCAAUACCGUUUCGAACAAGGCUUUACUUCCAUGACGGCGACUGUUAAUUAGUGGUGUUGUAGGGCUUAUUUUGUUGACACUUUGGUAAGAGAUGGAGACAGAACGGGCACUUCUAGAAGAGAGAGAAAAAUUCACAUCUACACAGUUUUAACACUGCAGUUCUUCAUUUGCUUCAGCUUUUUGAAACUAGAUUCCAAAUAUACAUAAUCCCGUAGUUUAUUUAAAAACAUUUUGACAAUGUUGCCUUUAAUAAACUUACACAAGAUCAGAAUUUACUGAAUUUUAGUCAGGGAAGUAAUGCAUCACUUUGCUAGGCUUCAAGCAUAUCUAUUUGACAUCCUGUAUAUAGACUAAAGAGCAUCAUAUUCAGUGCAUGUUAUUUUUCCUAAUCCUCGCACACACACACACACACACACACAAAGGGCUUUUACUAGUGGAAUACAAGCUAUAAUUUUUUGCAGAGAUUCAUCCGAUCUCUUAAUAUUGCCUGAUCGAGGCGAAGUUUACAAUGCUAGUGUUUUCUAAACAAUAAUACCACACGUUUACUUACCUUGACUAUGUGACAUCACAUUCUAGUUUGGUUUCAAGACCUGUAUGUUUACAUAUCCUCUCUGUUAGCUAGUUGAUAAGGUCAACCUUGUGUCUUAGCAGCUAGAGAGGAGGUUUGGAUUCGUAUGGGUGGAGUGUUAAGUUGCUUGCUCAGUGAGUGAAACGGCUCCAUCGUCCAGGCCGUGACACUGGAGAGUGAUGGUCAUCACUGUGUAGGGCACUGCAGCCCUUAAACUUGUUUUUUUCAUGUCCUGCCUCCAAGUUCCUGGUGGAUAAAGUAGGAUGUGCACACUGAUGCACCGAUCUCACUUCUCCUUUAUGUCUUCUGGACUUUCUCAGCCACGGUCUGCAUUUCACUUGCCUGUUUACUUAAACUUGUUUCUGAUGGGCCCUGGUGAGUUCGUUUUUAUUUUCUGAGGGUGGCAUCUCACCUCAGAUUUGUUUUUCUCUCUCCAUUUAAAGCGUGCAAUCUGCAAAAUGUAUUUUGAAAACGGGCAAAAGUAGACUGAAUUGGCUUUUGCUCCACUUUGUCACUGCUGUUCCUAUACUUAUUAUUACCCUAUAACAUGUUUUUGUAUUUGUAUUUUUUUAUGCUUACAAUUUGUGUAUUCACAUAGUAUAUUAUAUAUGUAAUUGCAAGUUACGACUGGGGAAAAUGUAUAUGAUGGUAAUGCUAGAACCUGGUCAAACUAAAUAAACACUUUUGAAUUCUGAAA